UACAAAGCGCGUUGCCAUUUCGACAAGCACAUGCAUUACGGGUGCCAAUCAUGGCUGAUAAUUGUGUUCAAGUCAAUCCGCCGUUCGUUGAAUUCAAAGACGUGCAGGUGGGCAAAGUUUACAAGACCACCAUCAUGGCCACUAAUGCUGGCAAAGCAAUGAGGGAAAUAUGGUUUGAAAGGCCCAAGCGAAAGAUAUUUAAAUUCUCAGCACCCAGAUCUGCUAAGAACGUAGCUCCAGGUUUGUCUGUGAGUGGCGUGCUGGAGUUCACCCCGCAGGAAGAAGAGGAGAUCAGAGACUGCAUUAACAUUCACAUAGACGUUACACAAACCAUCGAAGUGCCUCUUUGGGUUUAUCCAAGGGCUUGCGCUCUAUCCAUGGAUUUGAAAUUAGACUUUGGCUUCCUUUCUGCCAGCGGCCAGAUGAUGAGCAGACGUCUUCCUAUAACCAAUAAAGGCUCAUCAUCAGGUGUAUUCCAUGUGCUGCACAGUGGAGAUUCUUCCAUCCGACUCUCACCCUGCACUGGAGUCGUAUCGGCUGGUGCUACCAAGUGGCUGAAAGUUGAAUUACUUGCUGACAGACCCAAAAACGUUGAUGAGAAGUUAAUGGUCAGGCUUCAAGGCUGCUCUCCUGUGGCUCUCAAUAUUAAGGCUCAGGUGGUUGACCAGCAUCUUGAGAUCUUGGACACACAGGGAGUAUCUCUGUCCUGCCUGUGGUUCGGACCCGCCUACUUUGGGACAUCUUGUGUGGAACGUGUGGUCUUAAACAACAACGGGCCUGAUGCAUGUGACUGGGUUUGCUUGCUUAAGGAGUCUGCUGCUGGGACCGAAAACGGUGAAAAUCUUGACAAGAGCACAGACGCCGCCCUGCUAGCCAAAAUUCAAAAUUUCAGUCCAGCCACCCCAAUCUUAUCUUCGGUAUUGGAGUGUAUUCCAAACCAAGGCCACCUGGGACCAUAUAAGAAAACUACUGUGGCAGUCCGCUUCAGUCCCAUUGCUCAUAGAUUACGUCAGAAGAAGAGUGAUCGCCAAGCAACCCGGCAGGACUAUUGUCUUUUUCUGCACUUUGACUCAGUUAGAAGUAAACAUGGCUUCACUCACCCAAAUGGUAGCAGCAUUGUUGAGCUAGCAGUGACAGGCUCCGGGCUGCCUGUUGCUCUGCGUCCAAAUCCAUCAGAGAGUUUUGACUUCUCCACCUGCAAUGUGGGCCAUCGUGCAGAACGCCUUUGUGUGCUGCAGAACCUAUGCCCACACCUUUCUGUCAACUUUCGAUUCCGCAGGUUAGCGCAUUUCAGCAGCGAACCCUCCUCCGGCACCAUUGCCCCUGCACAGUGUCAGGAUGUAGUUUUGUAUUUCAACGCACGGCAGCAAGGAAAGUUCCAAAUGUGUCAGAAACUUGAUGUUUUGGGGUAUGUUGUUGGCCGAAGAGGUAAUGACACCAGUGAGGAUGACGCUAAACUCAAGUUUGGCAGCUUCUACACCAUUAAUCUACAUUUAUCAGCGAUCGGCAAAAUUGCGUUGAUGCUACCUGUGCCUAAAUUAAAUCCCGGUAUUACACCACAAGUGACCAAUCCGAGCGGAUCACGUCCUCGCGUUCCAUCUUCUGAGUUGCCCCGCUGCUAUGGGAUGGUGCGUGCUGCUGUGCUCAACGCCUGCAAGACCACUUUCCACAUGCAUCACAGAAAGGGUCCAAAGUCAGAUGGUGAAGUUUAUGUGGCUAUGCCGAAUGACCGGUCCAGCAGUGUCCGACCAUCCUCACCACACACACAAUACAGGACCAUCUUCACUGGAGUACACCGGUAUAGCUUUGUGGAUCCUGAGUACAGCUUUACUUGGGAGGAGACGGAGCAAAGACAGAAACAUAAACAGACUUACGCCGACUUCAUCAGGCAACUCAGACAAACACGACUGCAGAAGAUUAAGACCAAACAGGAAGCCCAAAUGGAAAACUAUGGGAUUAUAGCUUCUCAAGGCCUUGUACCUCCCAAGAUCCUCAUCAGUGACUUCAAUGGGAAACAGAAGUCCAAGAGCAGGCCAAAGCUUGCUUCCUUUGGCCGGUCCCAGGGCAUGACUCUCAGCAGAGGGCAGGUGUCAGAGGAGUUGCAUGCAGUUCCAGUUACCAGCCAGGAGGUAGCAGACUGUGACAGGACUUUGACAGCUCAGGAGCUUUAUCAGGUUGUCAUUGCUCCAUUAUUCGUGGACUUUGGUGAGGUGUGUGUGGAGUCGGUGUGUGUGCAGAACCUGGAGCUGACCAAUCACCUGUCAGGGUUUGUGAGGGUCCAGUUAGAGGUGGACUGCCCUGAGCUGCAAGGAUUGUCCCCACUGUCUCACGUGCUACCACCAGGAUCCCAGAACCAAAUACCGCUGACCUUUCAAAGUCACCGGCUGGGUGAUUUCUGCAGACCUGUGUCUUAUACAGUGAAUCAGCAACAUCCUGGACAGAUUCUGGUCAAGGCCGUAGUUGUCCGAAAUUAUUUGGAACUGUCCACCCAAUUGCUGAUACUCAGUCCCACUCGCAACCUGCUGGCCUCAUCAGGCUACAGGAGUUGGAUUACCCUUCGAAACCCACGGAACCAGGUGGCUGAAUUCACUUGGUGCCCGGUUGUUCCAGAGAGCGGCAUCCUCUUCUCCAUUCGACCAGCCACAGGUACAGUGGAGGCAUACAGGGAACUAGAAUGCGAGGUGGUGUGGCACGCCUCUUUUUCGUCCCCUCAGGAAGGAGACUUUGAUCUCUAUGUCCUGGAUGGAAACAUUCAACGCCUUCACUGCAUUGCUAAGGUUGGAAGCACUAGCAUUGAGCUAGCAGAGGAUCGCCUGAUGUUUGAAUCGGUUCCCCUCAAUAUGCCUUCUUUCCGAACUGCAGUGUUACACAAUAAUGGACACAACCAUGCGUACUAUCGAGUUCUUGAUGUGUGUCCUCUGCCGUGCAUGGUAGUGAGCCCAUGCGAGGGUGUGUUGCCGAGUCGGGGAAAGGCUGUCCUGAAGAUCCACUUCAACCCCGACUCUGUCAUUAAGUUUGACACUCGCGUUGAGGUAGCUGUGAGAAACAUGAGGUCCAUUGAGUUCCGUGUGGGCGGAUCGGUGGAGCCUCCGGAUGUUGACAUCAGCGUGACAAUGUUCCAGUUCCACGGCGUCCAUGUUGGCUGUCAGAGAGCAGUGCCGUUUACGCUGACUAACCACUCGUCAGCUCCUGCUCGGAUAGCCUUCGACCUGUCGCAAUACCCAAAUUUCACCCUGAGGCUUCCUCAGUGCUCUGCAAGAAAGAGUGAUCAAGUUGUGAGUGUGCUGGAGAUACAGGCUUACCAGACAGUCAGCUGUUCUCUUGUCUUCUCCCCUACCGAGAUAGCUGAAUAUGACUUUGCCCUACCGCUGAUGGUUAGUGGAAUGACAUGGUCCGUUGCUUCUCCACCGCCUUCACCCUCGUCCGUCUCAACUUUUUUCUCAUCGGGAUCCAGCAAAUCCAUUAUCAAAGUGCUGCCCUGGUCUUUCAGCAUGAAAAAACAACAGCCACGCAUACAAGCCACAGUGCUGCUAGCCCCACUGGAAGUGUCCCCUUCAAGUCUACAGUUUCUCAUGGAUGAUGAUGCGCAACAGUCUAACUCUUACACUCAGACAGUAAAGCUGCAAGCAGAGUGCGCACAGAGUGUCAGUUGGCACAACAUCCAAGGGAGGAGUUUGCGCUGGCGAUUGGACUGCAGUGGAACAACAUCACCGGAGGACGGAGGAGCAAAUGACCAGCCUCGUUUGUUUGUGUUUCCAUCAUCGGGUUGUCUGACGCCUGGCCAGUUAAUCUGCUCGGCAGUCAGCAUCAUGCCCCAGGCUAUCGCAACACGCACAGUGACCAGACUAUCGCUCAGUCUUUACCUGGGAGACACAGACAGCAUGAUGGGGGAACCCUACAAAGAGCUGCCAGUCGUUAUUAUCCGCCAGCUGCCCAAUAUCAUCAUCACCCCCCCACAACUGCUCUUGACACCAGUUCCCCUGGAAAGCAGCAUUACAGCAAGACUCACCCUACUGGUCUCAGGAUAUACCAGUGGAACCCAGUUAUCAGCUGAGGUGGACGAGGUAGAACUAGAGCAUGGAACCAAGGUCCAACCAAUCUGUGUCACCUUCCCAGAGGGUAACAACAUCCCUGCCCAGGACAAGGCAGGCAAUGUGACGUCGCUGAUCUGCAGAGUGUCUUUUUUUGCCACGGUCUCUCUCUCCAUUUGCACAAGCAUCACCUUCACUGACCACCUCAAUAACAGGUUUAGGGUGAAGCUGUGUGCCACAAGCGACAACUGCCUGUUGACUGUUUGGCCCCAAAUGGCUCUCCAUCGCUCCACGCAACAGAUAGUUCUUAAGGCUGGCGCAACGAUUAUUGAAGCCAUCUCAAAUCACACACCGAGUUCUGCAUCUGGUCCGACUUCCUCCUCCUCACCGUUUGAACCCAGCACCUCGACACCGAAGAACUCAUCAUCAGACUUCUUCCUACAAAGUGACAGCGGGAGUCAAAUCAGCAGCCAAAGUUGUCCAAACGCAGACACCCCACUGACUGAUGUCGGACUUCCACAAUUCCCUACUUCAACCUCAGCGGAGGGUCAAUAUUUCCAGGAUGUCUUAUUAGCAUUGGAGAGGUGGUUUAGUCUCUUUGGCUGGCCAAGUGGGCCGUAUCCCAUCACAAUACCACACACACUUAGAAGAACUGUGUUCAAAUUUGAACUUGGUGCCACAAAUGGACGGACUCACCGUGUCACCCUGAAUAAAGACACCAGGGCUGCAGUGGACAUGAUGAAUCAUCUGGCUGGCAGGCAGAUUCCUAAUGUUCCUCACUGUCAGACCUUUUCCAUGGAAAUAAAGAAACGUAUCCAUCAGCUGCUCCUGCAACAUGAGGUCAUUCUCGCUUUUCUCAGAACACAGGGAGCCUGUUUAGGUCACAUCCGACCUGAGUACCUACUUGAUGUGCAGGAGUUCAAGGAAUGGUGCUCCUUAAAGGCUAAUGAGGAAGAACUUGGUGUGCCUUACAACAGUGUUCAAUUUGAGUCUCUGAGCAAACGAUCUUGGACUGAUAUGCUGCUGCAAAUAUACAAGGUUUUGGUGCUGUCUCGUGUAUCACUGUGCAGUCCAAACGUAGAUUGGCAAAAAUGUUGUAAAGAUGAAGACAGUAUUCUCAACAUCCACUCACUCCCCAGUAACCUGUACUCUCACCAUGAGCUCCAGCUGCUAUCGUGGCUCAAUUUACACUAUCAGUGCAUGAGGGACAAAGUGUGGGGUUCAGGUACUAUUCCACCAGUACGCUGGAUUGUCAAUUUUGACUUGGACUUGACUGAUGGACUGGUGCUAGGCUCUGUGCUCGCCGCCCACUGCCCAUACCUGAUUUCAAGCCACUUUCAGAGGAUGUACACGAAAACCUCUACACUGGAGCAGAUUCUGCACAACAACAUCAUUGUGAUCCAGGCCUUAACCACACUUUCUCUCAACAUCGAUCUGCAGCCCACAGACUUGACAGAUCCCAACCCGGUGCAAAUGUUGAUGCUGUGUGUUCAUUUAUAUGAGAGGCUCCCACAAUACCGGCCCGUAAACACCAUUACCCUCUCUGGAAGCCUGAACAGCACUUUCAGCAAAAAGGUGCAUAUGAAAAACCCGUCUACUUGCGUGGUCAAAUACCGGGCAUUUUUCCUAGGAGAGGAUGCCAGUUGGUUUUCCCUGCCUGACGGUUCUGCAGUGACCAUUCCUUCAAAGAAGAGCACUGAGCUGAUAGUCCGGCACAACUGCUCCUCCCUGCAACCUAAAGAAGCUGUCCUUCUGCUCAUCUCCGCUUCUGUUUCCAACUUGCAAGGCACCACUUUGGUCUUCAAUGUCAACUCCCGCGUCGAACAAAUCAAAGCCGCAAAAAGUAUCAAGUGCAGAACGCCAUGCUACAUGCUUAAAGUGAUAAGACUGUCAAUAAAAAAUCUGUUCAAGAUGGAAGCCAACUUCAAAGUGAUGCUGGUGGAGUUUACAGUCAACCCGCUGGAAUCGGAAAAUGGAAUUGACAGGCUGAUUCAACGGGUGUCUUCCAAAACCAAAAAUGGAAACAUGACUUCAGAAAUGAGCUGCCAGGAUGAGACGGAAGAUGGUGAUGGCCGUGAGUUCCUCAGCACAGUGAGCAGUGUUAGUCUGAAACCAGGGCAGUCAGACGUAAUUGGCAUCCACUUCCUUCCUUUCCGUCCUGGAAUCAAAUACUGCGCUGUGUUGCUCGUUUGCCCGCAGGUGGGUGAUGUGGUUUACAUACUGAAGGCAUCAGCAGACUUGCCUCCUCCUUCCCUUUUUAGAGUCAGGCCCAGUUCAAACAUCUUCACCAUCCCUGGUAACUCUGUGGGCUCAGAUGGUUGUGUGUCAGUGCUGCGCCUCCACUGCGUCGUGGGCAAGACGUGUGACGAGGUCGUCUGGCUGCCCUUAACCAAUACAGCCUGGGAAAACGGUCUGGCCACGUGGGCUCAGCACAGGAUGAGCGCCAUUGAAUUUCAGAGGCGGAUGCUGACGUACACUUUGCACAGCAGCACAGUGAGGGCGAACAUGGCUGCAUGUAUGCUCUCCAAAAAACAGGUCCAACUCAGGGGUGUUGACCACAGAAAAGGGGUCGAGUACAGUGUGGAGGUUUCUUUGCCUCAGUACUUCACUGUCCCCAGCUCUGUUACUAUUCCUAUAAAGAAAGAUGUCAACAUAUGGAAGAAUCCUGAAGAUCAUGAUUGUGUGCAACUCCCCUUGCGUUUCAAAGCAGACUCCGUUGGUCAGUUUAUGUGUAAGAUGGUUCUGAGUUCCUGCUUCGAUACCAGAGUUUACCAGAUGGAGGCGCUGGUUGCUUCACCGGGAGGAAGUGUCCACUUGGACUUUAGUUCGCCUGCUCAGCAUUCAGUCACACAAGACAUACCUAUGCACAACGAGACGCUCCAAGACUGGACCCUUCAGGUUGACUUGUGUGCAAAAGACUUCCAUGGCCCCAAGGUUUUGACUGUACCAGCUGGGACAAAAACAUGUUACCCUCUGACAUUUCAUCCUUCUUCACAAUGCAUCGUCAUGGGCAAGCUGUCCUUUCAUAAUGAACAUAAUGGGAUCCAGCAAGUGUUUACUCUUCGUGGAGUGGGUGAGCGCCCCCUGCCUGUGGAUCAUGUGGUACUACACUGCCCCGUGGGAAAGACCACCGAGACACAACUGAGCGUCCCCAACUACAGUCAAAUGAAACAGACACUUCAGGUAGUAACAGACAUAGCAAUUAUAAGUGGCAAUUCAUCCCUGGAGGUUAAACCUGGUCAAAGCAGUGUGUACAUCAUGGCUGUGUCCCCACGGAAACGAGGACAUCAAUCAGGUUGUGUAUCAUUCAUUGAGACUGAUGACAAAGCUGAGACAGACGGUGACACAGGGAAUUUAGUUGGACGUUAUGAGGUGUUCUACACUCUGGAAAUAUUUUGUGAACCUGCAGCACCUGUGAGCACCUUUACAGUGCAAUGCACUGUUCAAAGCUCAGUUGCCAUAGAGAUCCCAAUCACUAACCCAGGGGGAGAACUGCUCAUGCUCAAUGUAGACCUGGAAGGAGACGACUUGCAUGGAGCUACCUGGGCUUCGGUUCCACCGCAGGAGACCAUCGCCUACAAAGUCAUGUUUUCUCCUGGAAAAAUGGGGAAGAGCAGAGGCAGCGUGGUGUUUCAGUCCGAGCAAGGUGCAGAGUUUUGGUAUCAAAUGGACUUGUUUACCAUUCCUUCGCCAGUUGUCACGCUACCACAGGCUUGCUGUGAGCUGGGCAAAUGGAUGCAACAGUACAUCCCCGUGGUCAACCCAACAGCAGACAAGGUGGAGCUGAUUGUAGCCAACAGUAACCCCAGGAACUAUACUCUGGAAAUGGGCUCAGGAAAUACUCUUAUUGUGGAGCCCCACUCUUCCACUCAGCUAGAGGUCCGCUUCACUCCAUCAUCCUUAGGAGAGGGUGACCAUGUAGCCAAGAUAACUUUCACAUGCCCUCAGAUGCAGCAAUGGUGCGUGUUGUUGUUUGGCCGGGGUCUCAUGCCGAGCCGGGAAGAACCUCUGAGCUUCUCUUGCCCAGUUGGUUCCAGCGAGUCCAUUAUGGUUCCCUUCAAAAACCCCACUGAUUUCUCGGCUACACUCAGGAUCACACUCACAGAAAAGGAUCCCAGUGUGACGCCUGACUGCCCUCAGGUGACUUCUGACAAGUGGGCGUUCUCUCUGUCUUUGGACCAUGCUGAAGGUUUACAGAUCAGCAACGGGGGCAGUCUGAAUGUGCCGGUGUUGUUUGCGCCCAAGUCUAUGGACCCACAACAGGCUUGGCUAUGCAUCACCAUGAAGCCACUUGACAUCAUUACUAGCAUUAAAAGGCCACUUCAGAAGCUGUCGACCAUCUGUUGGAUCUACCCUCUCUGCGGGUUUCCAGUCAAAGAGGCGGAUGACAGCUCAGCGCUCUGCAUGCUCCAGUGUGAAGUGGGCUGCCAGACGGAAAAGAAGCUUGAUGUGCUGCUCACUGGAUUUUCCCCAGUGCUAGUCGAAGACUUCCGAUGUGAGGUGCGUUCAGAAAGUGAAGCACAGGACUGCCUGUCUGCCUCCAUCCUAGCAGGGCUGAGGGAUCCUAAAACUGGUGUCGUAACGCUCACCUUGAAUCUGAUCUACCUUCCGGUCAAGCAAAGCAGAUGCACAGCAGUCCUCACAGUGCGGCACACAUCUGGACAAAUUUGGGAGUUUCCCAUUGAUGUGAUUGGCACCAAGCCUCUGGUCGAUGACGUCAUCGUCACUGAAGCCACUGAGUUUGGUAAAACAUCAGCGGUGGGAUUCUACUUGACCAGCACCACACGAAAGCCUGAGCCGUUCGCUGCAACAUUCCAGCCAGGCAGCAGCAGUGAGUUUGCUGUGACCCCAACAUCUGGAAUGUUGCCGCCUGCCGAUUCUAGCGGUGCCCUUAUAAACAUCUUUUUCACCCCCAACAUCAGCAAUAAGAGACACAACGCCAGACUUACCAUCACGGCCUCAGGCAUGCAAUGGACGUAUAAUGUCACGGGCAUAAUCCCUCCCCCUGAUGUCUCCUCCUCCGUUGAUGCUCCGGUACGACCCAGCAGUGAACGUCAGCGCAACUUUGUAACAAGGAAUCUUCGUGUCCCGGCUCUGGCAAAUUCAGCUCCACCGAAAGUCCGCAGAUAACUCAUCUCCGUUUUCCUUUAUGCCGACACGAUUUAUCAUGACUCACUCUUAACCUUUUAACAACGCUGGAUGCCCGUACAGGGGGCUACGUGGUUGCAUUUGUGUUGCUAUGGUAACUUCUACACAACGCGUAUCAUGUAUGUAUGUAUGUUAUGUGUCCACAAAACUGGAAGAAUGCGAAAAGGGACUGAUUGAGAUUUUCAACAAUUCUGCCCUGUUUUGGAUAUUAAUAAGAUAUUUUACUUUGAGCACUUGCCUAUCAUGAUACUUAAGUGUGGACACAUUUUGACUGGUCAAGAAUCGGUAAUGGAUGUCAACAUAUUUGACACUACCUCAGCGAUCUUUAGGUGUGUGUCAUUCAUAUCAUUCCAAACGAACACAGCCAUGUUCUCUGAAAGCUUAAAGAUGACUAUGUAGUGUGUAAAAGGCUCCUACACUACUGUACAGUGUGUCUAUAAUGUGAUCCAGUCACCCA